AUGAUGAAUAAUAGCACAGCAGUAAAAUACAGGGAUGAAUAUUACAACUAUAGUCCUUACAACGCGACGCGCACGGUACCUCCGGGCAUCGCUGCGUACCGCUCAGCGCUGACCCUGGACUGGCUGGCGGCUGAAGACUCCCGGCAGAGGGAGCUGGUCGCGGCCAUAGAAUCGGAACCCUUCACGCCCACACGACUCUCUCACUCAGACUGCAUCAGCUACUCCAGACCCCCUUCAGGCACCGUCGCCAGGCUCAUGUUGGAGUUACUCAAAAAUUUGGAAGGUGACGACGGCAAUCUCGUACCAAGUCUUAUCCAAGCUUUAGUUCGUUCAAAACUACUCAUGUUGGAGACAUCAAUGUUUGACAAUGAACCGGAUCUGGAUUCCCUGGUGAAGACACCAGCAGCCAUGAUGGGCGAGCCCCACACGACAUUCCCGAGAAUCCUUGCUACCAUGUGGAUGGCUGUGACGGACCCUAGCACGGUUAAAAAGCAUGGAUGGUGCACUAUUAACAGGAUGACAAUGUUUCUAGGAGCGACGAAGCCGAGUGACGUAGCGAAGCACCUGCGCGCAAUAGAUCCGAUAGUUGCGCGGGCGCGGUUUAUCAUGGAGGAGUUCAUCCAACACGUGACCCCGCUCAAUAUGCUGCAGAAGCCACCGGAACACGCUAAUCCACGGAAACUGUUGGCUCCUAAUCCUGCCCUUAAACCUAGAUACAAGCCUGGAGCGAAUCCGCAACCUCGCGGUGAUCCACAGAAUGCCAGGAAUAACAAGAGACUGGCGCGCACGCAGCCUACCAACGAACAAGAUAUGAAAAAUGAAGACAAGUUUACAACCAAAACUGAUAUGAACACGGCGGAGUCCUCUACAAUUCCGAUGCCUCUCAACGAACCGCAGAUGUAUGUUCAGAGCAAGGUCAUUUCUUCCCUCUCAACUCUGCCAGAAAUCUCCAAGUUACUCUUCGUCUGUCCCCUUCUCUUGUAUUAA